CGGAUUCAGGCCAAAUUAGAUACCUCGUCCGAGAUGAAACUAGUGGAGAAGACGAUGGACAAGCUCCGGACUGUGAGCGAAGAGGAGAGCGAUGAAGAGGCCUGCCGUACGAUCGAGGUUGCGGUGGUUGACCGGACUGAAUUGUGCCGGGCGGCGGCCAUCCUGGUUGUUUCCGGAGAGGAACUUAACCUGAUACCGCCCUUGAACUUUGCCAUGGUCGACAAUGGCAUUUUCAGGUCUGGGUUUCCCGACUCUGCCAACUUCUCCUUCCUUCAGACUCUCGGCCUUCGCUCCGUCAUAUAUUUGUGUCCGGAGCCAUACCCGGAGGGCAACAUGGAGUUCCUCAAAUCCAAUGGAAUUAGGCUUUUUCAGUUUGGCAUUGAAGGCAACAAGGAACCUUUUGUAAAUAUUCCAGACGAUAGAAUCCGGGAAGCGCUGGAAGUACUUCUAGAUGAGAAAAACCAGCCGGUUUUGAUUCAUUGCAAACGAGGCAAGCACAGGACGGGGUGCCUUGUAGGGUGCAUGAGAAAACUGCAGAAAUGGUGCUUGACGUCGAUAUUCGACGAGUAUCAGAGAUUUGCAGCGGCCAAAGCUAGGGUUUCAGAUCAAAGGUUCAUGGAGUUAUUCGACGUUUCAGGCUUGAAGCAUUUCCCCAUGUCUUUUUCUUGCUCCAGGAGGUAGGUUUUAUUAGGUACAACCCCAUCCCAUCCCAUUGGUUGAAGAAAGAAGAUUAGGAGAGAGAUUCAUGAGUUUCCUGUCCUGCGUUUCUUGCGUCGAGGGUAAUCGUUUUCCUCCCUCGCUCCAAACAAAUAAAGAAAAAGGGUCGUGAUUUAAGAAUCCGAUUUCGUUUAUGGUAAGCGUAAGCACUUUAGAUACAGCAGCGAUACGUAUACAUAGGAGUCGAGUCGGUGACAUGGGCCACCGGAAAAUAUGUAUCCGGGUGGUGGUGGUGGCGGUGGUUUUCUGUUUUUUUUCCUUCUGUGUAUUAUGACCGUCCAUUCGAAUGGCCAAUAAUGUCUUUUGGGAAUUGGUGUUGGGCAAUUGCCGUACUCGUACGUACACGUUCUACGUAGCGUAAGUUAUUUAUGUACAUAUU